UUAUCGAUAUCAAAAAUGGUUAAAAGCACUUGCUCCAUCAGCUGUUUAAGUUGUAAACAAAUAAGGGCUAUGGUGGCCUUGUGUCGCAUUUGUAAUCUGAACUCGGAAUCGUGGAUUAACAUAUUCAGUGGGACCCAGGAAUCCGAUUUCCCAUAUGUGGAUGUGGUUUCUUUCUACACUGGCACAGAAGUUCAAAGAGGAGAUCCAUUUCCUGAAACCAUUUGCAUGAUGUGUCUCGAGGAUGCUCGAAAAUCCUGGCAGGCCUACCGAAAACGUCUACAGAAACAGGAAGUUGUCUUUGAAAUCUCAGCAUUCCACAAUGAGGAGCACCUUUCCGAAAAAGACCCAUUAGGAACAGUCUUCGUCACUCCAGACCGCCAAAUAAAGGAGGAGGAUUUACUGGAGGAGGAAGUAUUCAAGGUUCCGGACUGCGACCGAGAAGACUUAAGUUGUAAAUCAAUAGUUAAGGAGGAAGAAACCGAAGAAGUGGAAUUACAUUUUAACAAGGCUCCAACAGUCCACGUCCAAAUAAAAAACGAACCAAUUGAGGAUGAAUUGUUCGCCGAAGAAAACAGCCAAGCAUCUGAAAGUAGUGUUAGUCCAACAGAUUGCCUGAUAAAAAUCGAGCCAAUUGAGGAAGAAAUGUUUGAGGAUGAAGCUUGCACGAUAGGAGUUGAGCGACCCUACAAUUGCAGUGAUUGCCAAACGUAUUUCAAGGAGGAAUCUAGCCAUAAGAAGCACAUUGCGACCCACAAGCGACCACACAAGUGCUCCCACUGUCCGAAGUCCUUUCUCUCAACCUACGAUCUUAAAAGGCAUACCCGGAUCCACACAGGAGAGCGGCCCUACUCCUGUGACCACUGUCCAAAGACCUUCUCGGACAAGACUACUUUGACGUCGCACGUGAGGACGCACAAGGGCGAACGGCCCUUCAAGUGCCCCGACUGCCCGAUGUCCUUUUCGCAGCAGUGCAAUCUUCAGAGGCACAUCCGCUGUCACACGGGUGAACGACCUUUCGCGUGCCCCUACUGCCCCAAGUCCUUUACGCAACAGUCCAAUCUGGGUCUGCACCUGCGAGCGCAUUCCGGGGAACGCUUCGAGUGCUCUCUCUGCUCCAAAUCCUUUGCUUAUAAUAACGAUCUUAAGCGUCACUUACGCACUCAUUCCGAGGAAAAAGUCCAGUGCUCCUUCUGCCCAAAAUUGUUCGCAACCAGAGGAACUUUGGCUAAACAUCUGAAAAAAAUACACGAAAAUGUAUAA